UAUCUUGCGAUAAUGCCAUUUCAAAAUGUUGCCAUUGUGAAUUUAGUAUCUUGUUUCUCAAUGUGUGUAUGCAUGUAUUUCUAACAGAAUGUUGUAGUCAAGAAUUGGGAGAGAAAGAGAGGUCUUGGGUCUUUCAAUGGGUGUCGGUCGCUUUGGUUUGUUUCUGCUAGUCACAUUGUUCUUUAGGCCAUCUAUUUGUCAGCAGCCUAAUACAGAUGGGUACUUUUUGUCUGAAUUCUUGAAAGAUAUGGGAGCAAAUUCAUCUCUGGUUCGCAGCUUUUCCACCGAUGUUUGUUCAUGGCAAGGUGUAUCUUGUGAUGCUAAUGGAGAAAAUGUUGUCAAGUUUGUAGCUUCUGGUUUGGGUCUAGCCGGUUCAAUCUCUGAUGUUACUAUUGGCAAGCUGAGAAACCUUCAAUAUUUGGAUUUAAGCAGUAAUAAAAUCACCUAUCUGUCGGCUGAUUUCUGGAGUCUAGGGUCACUCAAGGUCCUCAAUCUUUCAUUUAAUGAAAUCUCUGGGAACCUCCCAAGCAACAUUGGCAACUUUGGUCUACUUGAAAGCUUAGACAUUUCUUUCAACAAUUUUUCGGGAAAUAUACCUGAAGGCAUCAGCUCCCUUACUAGUCUGCAAGUUCUAAAUCUCCAGCAUAACGGAUUUCAGUCAAAUAUUCCUCCAGGGAUGCUGAAUUGCAAGUCCCUUGUGUCAAUGGAUUUUUCAAGGAAUCAGCUACAUGGUUUUCUUCCUAUAGGUUUUGCUGCUGCAUUUCCCAAGCUCGAGUCUUUGAACAUUGCUGGCAAUCAAGUCCAGGGGCGCGGUUCAGAUUUUUCAGGCAUGGUCUCUGUCACCUUUCUCAACAUUUCACGUAAUCUUUUCCGGGGUUCUGUGGUUGAUAUAUUCGGGGGGCCACUUGAGGUGAUUGAUUUAAGCCACAAUCAGUUCCAAGGUCACAUAUCUCAGGUAAAUAUUAGUUCUAGGUUCCAUUGGUCUAAUUUAGUAUAUCUUGACUUGUCUGAAAAUCAACUUAGUGGAAUGUUUUUUGAUAGCUUGAACGAAGCUCAGAAUCUGGAGUACCUAAAUCUUGCAUACAAUAGAUUCUCUGAACAAAAGUUUUUGCAAAUUGGUAACUUCCCUAAUUUAGAGUAUUUGAACUUGUCAGCAACUAAUUUGAUAGGCCUUAUACCUGAUGAAAUCCAGUUGUUAAGUAACUUGAGAGCUAUCGAUCUUUCUGAAAACCAUCUCUGCAGUCAAAUUCCACCUUUUAGCACAAGAAGACUCCAGACAUUUGAUGUCUCGUAUAACAACCUAACUGGAAACAUCCCUUCAUCAAUUCUAGAGAAACUGCCUUUGAUGGAUAGGUUUAACUUCUCAUACAAUAGAUUAACUCUUUGUCCUACUCUAGUCUCUGUUGAAACCCUCAAAACAGCUUUUAUUGGAUCAUUGAGCAGCUGCCCAAUUGCUGCAAACCCAAGUCUUUACAAAAGGAAAACUGCUACGCAUAAGGGGCUCGAGCUCUCUCUGGUCUUAGCCCUCUUAUUAAUCUGUUUACUCGCGGGGUUGCUGAUUUUGGCCUUUGGUUGCAGAAGAGAAACCAGAAUGUGGGCCAUGAAGCAACAUUCUUACAAUGAAGAGCAAAAUCUCUCAGGCCCUUUCUCAUUUCAGACCGACUCCACCACUUGGGUGGCUGAUGUUAAACUCGCUACUUCAGUCCCAGUAGUGAUGUUUGAUAAGCCUUUGCUGAAAUUUACAUUUGCAGACCUCUUGUCCGCGACUUCAAACUUUGAUAGAGGCACAUUAUUGGCUGAAGGGAGGUUUGGACCUGUUUAUAGAGGCUUUUUACAAGGUGGAAUUCAUGUAGCAGUCAAAGUUUUAGUCCACGGAUCUAAUAUGACAGAUGACGAAGCUGCAAGAGAGCUUGAGUAUCUUGGUAGAAUAAGGCACCAUAAUCUUGUUCCACUGACUGGAUACUGCUUAGCUGGUGAUCAAAGGAUUGCCAUUUAUGAUUACAUGGAGAAUGGAAACUUACAAAAUUUGCUUCAUGACCCGCCACCCGGGCUUCAAACUACAGAAGAUUGGAGUGCAGACUCAUGUGAAGAUGAUAAAAACUGUGAAAUUCAGAAUGUUGGGUCUGAAGAGUUGUUCACAACAUGGAAAUUCAGAUACAAAAUUGCGCUUGGUACUGCCAGGGCACUGGCAUUUCUCCACCACGGGUGCUCUCCUCCUAUAGUUCACAGCGAUGUUAAUUCUUGCAGCGUUUUUCUUGAUAUGAACUUGGAACCAAGAUUGUCUGAUUUUGGACUGUCAAAGAUAUUUGGGCAUGGUCUUGAGAAUGAGAUUGCUCACGGAACACCAGGAUACGUGCCACCUGAGUUACUUGAGCCCGAAACUGGCUCACCUAGAGGAGCCAGAGCCACACCAAAAUCUGACGUUUAUGGAUUCGGAAUCAUUCUCUUUGAGUUAAUAACAGGGAAAAAUCCUGCAACAGAUGCCACAUUGGUUAGCUAUGUGAGAGGAUUAGUAAAGAAAAACGAGGGCUCAAGAGCUAUUGAUCCUAAAAUCCGCGGAAUAGGACCUGACUCUCACUUUGAGGAGGCCUUAAAGAUUGGAUACUUAUGCACCGCGGAUCUUCCCUCUAAGCGACCAAGCAUGCAACAAGUGAUAGGACUUCUUAAGGAUAUCGAGCCGUCGAUUUAUCAGUGACAGGGUUCCAAGUUCAUUUCAUAGAAUUUAUGUGAAUAAUCUCACUUUGUGUUGUCAGAGUUUUUUAUGCAUAUGUAAUAACUGUAGUUCUCAGGUAAAAACACUGUUUUAUUAACCAGCCUUCUAAAUUGUCCGUAUUG